UUCUGGUGAGAUGUUACUCUGCAAGUGAAGCAAUUUUAUUUACAGGAUAUGUACAUUAAUACUUGAUACUUCAGAAACCUUGAAUGGAUUUAACUGUGGUGUUAAUUGUAACGAAAUGACAACUCGUGUGGUGGGAACUUUAACGGGCAAAAAAUACAGAGGUCGUGUUUAAAAGUCUGUGAACCAUAACAGCACUGGGGAUCCGCGUGUCGGUGUGGACAUGUCUUACUUGGAGUGGGCUGAGAGUCAACUCGCAGAGAUAGAGCUGCUGACCAGCAUGUUUCCCACCCAGGAGGAGCUGGAGAUGACAGACCAGCUGGCAGUGGCUGAGCUCAGGCACUAUGUGGAGGGUUCAUCAGACAGCCCCCCUCCAUCCAGACCACAGUUCCUCAUAAAGCAGAGUGUGGAUUCUACAUGCACAGAAAAGAUGGAUGUUAUCUUCUCCUGUGCUUAUCCAUCUGAAUACCCCAGUGUGUUACCAGAGAUAACAGUCCGGUGUCUGGGCCUCAGCAGGGCCCAGCAGACCCAGCUCAUGGCAGAUCUCAACACAUUCCUCAUGGAAAACUGCCAGGGGGAAGUAUGUGUGCUCACUGGGGACUGGGUGAAAGACAACCUGCAGCCCUUCAUUAGUCGGAGCUUAUCUGCAACAGCAAUACCUAAAAAAGAGUCUGCCCCUGCACGGCCACAGGAAGUGUUCAGCCGACUGUGGAUCUACAGUCAUCACAUUUACAACAAGACGAAGAGGAAGAAUAUUUUGGAAUGGUCUAAGGAGUGCCUGUCGGGAUUUAGCAUGCCCGGAAAGCCCGGUAUUGUGUGUGUGGAAGGUCCUCAGUCUGCCUGUGAGGAGUUCUGGUCCAGAGUGAAGGUUCUGACAUGGAAGAAGAUCAUGAUUCGACAUAGAGAGGACAUUCCCCUUGAUCGUCAGGGCGAGGACGACAGCGCUGUUAAAAGUAUAGACUCUCUGCGCAAAUUCACAGGCUUUGAAGAAGCAAUGUUUGACCCCCAUGGGAACAGAGGUAAUCACAUGGACCUUGGGCAGCUCUACCAGUUCUUAAGAAAAGGCUGUUGUGACGUCUUUCAGAUAUAUUUCGGCAUUGAAGGGAGAUAGAAGUCAAGUAAAAAUUUCCCCCACAGGUUCGUAUUUGGCCCAUGCCUUAUCUGCUUUCGACACUAAGUUAAUAAUAGAAAUGCAUUCGGUGGUUUUAAAUGCGGCCAGCCAAUGUAAUGGAGGCCAAUGUAAUAAUAACAGGAAAAAGCUGAUAAACUGAACUUUAUCAUUGGAAAUUAAUUAUGUUUGAGUGUGUUAAGGAUGCACCGAUCUGACUUUUUCAGUUCCAAUGCCGAUACUGAUGAUGGGACCUUGCAUAUUGGUCAAUACCUAAUGCCGUUCCGAUACUGUUAAUUUAGAGCAGAGGUUCUCAACCAAGGGGGACACUCUCCGGUGGGGGAUGU